UGAUAAGUACCGCAAAUUCUUAUGAUUGCUCGACACUCGCGCAAGUUGAAGUAGUUAUCUUAAGUCAACUGAGCAUGAGGGCAGUUUCUGAACCGUAUCUCACAACAGUAACCCUAGAAGACCUAACUGAUUCACCCUUUGAAGACAUAACACUCAGCGAGGAGCAGAGCAGAUUUCUUGAUGCAGUUCGUGAUGGCGACGCACAUGGUGUUCGUUUGUACGUGCUGGAAAAACAUGUCGAUGUGAAUUGCGCGAAUUUAUCCGGAGAAACAGCUCUGCAGCUAGCGGUUAAUAACGACCGUCACGAUAUCGCAAAGUUUCUUCUUGAGAAUGGAGCUGAAGUGGGGAAUGCCUUGUUACAAGCUGUGGCCAAAGAUUCGGUCGAGUGGGUGAGGGCGCUGCUCGCUUUCGUGAAGGACUCAGAGAGUCGACCAGCCAGUCCAAGCAAUGUGUCAUCAGAACAGCUGACGAGCCAGGUUCGGUAUAGUAGAUUCGUUUCCCCUUUGAUGUUGGCUGCCCACAAUGACAACCAGGAGAUUGUAAAGCUUUUCUUGUCGAAGGGUUUCACUAUUGAAGAACCAGCAUUCCAUGAUAGAUCCUGUGAAUGCGAUGAAUGCAUGCGCUUGGGAAAGCGAUUGGGGACUUCUCUUUACCGUUUGCAGAGUUAUCGAGCGCUAACUAGCCCUGUAUACAUGUGCAUGUCGUAUUUACUCGACAAAUCAAGCGAGCAGCUGGUCGAAGAACAAGACAUAACUUCGUCCAAAGAUCCGAUCGUUCGAGCUUUCCUUUUGAAUCGGAAGUUGGAGAGUCUCGUGGAUACCGAGUACGAAUUCAAAGCGGACUACAAACAGUUGUCUAACAACUGCGAAGAAUUUGCAGUGGCACUUCUCGCCAAAUGCCGCACGAUGGAAGAAAUAAGUUGUGUCAUGAGGGUACCAGGUAUUGAUCAAGUACAACAUGUCGAAGUCAGGGGAGGAGCGGAAGCCCAAAAGCUCAGCGUGCUGAAUUUUGCCAUUGCUAAUGGUAAUGAAAAGUUUGUCGCUCACCCUUACAGCCAGCUUAUGCUCAACUCGGUGCUGUACGACAGAUUGGGAGGAUGGGAAGAUUUUGGCUUCCUAAAGAAAGUGAUAUGCAGUAUAUUAUUAACGUUACUGUUGCCAGUGUUGGUUUUAGUUUAUUUCCUGGCGCCUAACUCUCAAGUCAGCAAAAUGCUGAAGAAACCAUUCUUCAAGUUUGUAAGUCACGCGGGGUCGUUCUGCUGCUUUCUUAUCCUGCUCAUAUUUUCGUCGAUCCAGGACAAGUGGAUUGAUGUGCUUCAGUUUUCAGUCAUUGAUUUGUUCAUGUCGCUGUGGAUCGCCGGUCUGUUGUUCCAAGAGGCACAGGAGGCAUUUCGCCAAGGCAAAGAGCGUUAUAUUUCACAAUACUGGAACCUCGUCACACUGUUUAUGAUAGGGUUGUUCGUAAUUUCGGGAAUCCUUUGGAUUGCCGGGUUCAUCAUGACAGCGCAAGGAUUUGGAGGCUGGACAAUACCCAUUGGCGACGUAUUUGGUGACAAAGCCCAAGUGUACGCAUAUCGCCUUAUUCUCCUUUCUAACGCCACAUUUUCCAUCAGUCUGGUGUUGAGCUUCAUAAAUGCUUCAAACUUUUUUCAAGUUAACUCCAUUCUCGGGCCUCUGCAGCUGUCCUUGGUGAAAAUGAUGCGAGACAUUAUCAAGUUUCUGUUCCUGUUUUUGUUGUUGUUUCUUGCAUUCGGUUGGGCCGAGCGAAAGGUUUACUCCCGGUACGUACAAACAAGGAAAGCUUUUCAGGGGAAUGAAACUGAACACGAAUUUGCCAGGAUCGGAGGAAGUUUGAGGUUCUUGUUUUGGGACUUGUUUGGCAUGUCGGAACUGUCGGACCUGAGAACACACAAGAACUUCAUCAUCACUCAAUACGCAGGGGAAGUUCUCCUGGGAUUAUACAGUAUUUUUUCCAUUGUAGUUGCCAUAAACAUGUUGAUUGCAAUGAUGACGAACUCCUAUCAGAGGGUCGCGGACGAUGCUGAUAUCCAGUGGAAGUUCUCGAGAACUCGGAUGUGGAUGCCAUAUCUGGACGAAGGCAAUGUAUUGCCGCCGCCAUUUAACCUCAUUCCUCAUCCGUAUUUGGUAAUCCGUCUCUGUAGAAGGUUUUGCGCUGAUCCGUCCUCCUUCAUGCGCGGAUGCUGUGCUAGGCGCGAAAGACCAGCGCCUCUACUAAAAGAUAAGGUGGACAUACAGAGGCGUCGCGUGGUAAUGAGGCGUUUGAUCCAGCGGUAUCUACUCACUAUUGAGAAUCCGAACAAACCCUUCCAGUCCCAUGCCCCUCAGGUUACAGCGGAGAGAUUGGGGGACUGUGGCGAACUAAAGGAUAUGAUUGCACAGUUGCAAGGCAUGUUGAGAAGGAGUGAAGAAAGGAAAGGUCUUGCUGAUGCAGCAAAACCACAGUCUGAGGAAAAAACCAAGGUAGAGAUUCAUCACAGAGGCAAUGGAACUUAUUGCAAAGACGAGAAAGACACGGACGCUAUUCUGUGAGCUAGAUAUUGACAGUUAAAGAACUUUUAACAUUCCUUUUUAUAGUCCUCUAACUCGUUGAAUAGGCGUAGCUUGAAAAUUGAGUUCUUGUGGUGUCUCUAUAUGCGAACAUGUCACACGCUCACUCCAGUGAGAACGAUGACGUUACAGGGUCGCUCAUUCAAUAAGGAUGGUGACAUACUUCAAAAAUUUUCGUUUAACUUGGGAAAAUUUUUGUUUGUUCACAUAUAAUGAAGAAGAUCGGAGACAUCACUCGGCAAAUCAAUUUGAUUGGUAAUUCGUAGAAAAAAGAAGUUUCUUCAUUUUCGUCAUUUUUAACUUUCUUAUUCCCACGUUUACUGAGUCCCCGGCUAAGAAAACUCUCAGCUUUUCAUAGAAAAAAUUUAAAAGAGAUCUGUUUCCAGGAAUUAUCCGUUUUUCCGUCAAUCGCAAAAUGCAUUGUUCCGAAGACUCAGAUCGAAAAAUAGGUGUUUACAAGUAAUUUUCGGUAAAAUAAGAGAGCGACUUUUUUUUUUUAAGGUCCCAUAUUUUUUUACCCAAAGAUCUCUCACGCAGCUGCUAAGUCACUCGUGAUGAAUUUGCUUUUUUCGAGGAUUUCGAGAAACUCGUUCAAUUGACGACCGGUCUUUUUAAAUUUUAAGUUGGUUGUUAGUUCGCAGGUAUAAUAUUUUACAGCCAAUUUUGGAACAUGAUCAAAGUUUACCAGGAUUUUUUAUUCUUUAAUAGUAAGCGUGAUAAAACCAGAACAAAAGCCUCUGUAGUUUCAGAAAUAGACAUUUUAACACGUUUGAUAUGGAUUUUAAUGUAAAGAAAGAGGGUAAGGUUAGGGAGCUCGUUGAGGGUCAAAGAAUUUAUUUUAAGUGGCAUAUAUUUUUCAACAGCUCUACUAGAAAAAAGUGAAAGGUUGUGCUC